GUUUAUCCUCAGUAAUUCGUUCACCAUCGCCCGAUAAGGACGCUGAUAAACAAAUAUCAUUGUGAUUCGCCGCCGCGUGAAAAACUGGAUUUCAAACAGUGUGUGUAUGAAGUGACAAACUGAAUUUACAAUGGGUAUGCCACGGGUGUUUAGUUGCUGUUUCUGCCUGAGUUUGGAAACUGGGACUCUGAUCAUAGGAUAUCUAUACACUAUCCUAGCCCUGCUUGAAGUGACAAUCUACACAUCAAUCGUGUCGCUGCGGCCCGUCGGUCCCGAGGGUCUCACGCGGGCUCAGUUCGUGUUCUACACCACCCUGGCUGUCGUCAGCGUGCUGCAGCUGUUUAUAGGGGUGCUGCUCAUUGUUGGGACCACUAUGAGAAAACCCUCCCUCACUCUCCCCUGGACAAUCGUGACGGGCAUCAAGGCCUGCCUCUUCAUGAUGUUCAGCGCGACCGCGGCCGCCAUGCUGCAGGACUCGCUCGGCGCCAGCGAGGAGACAGGCAUGGUGGUCUUUUACUUCGUGAGGGGAUGCAUAGCUCUCUACUGCGUGAUGGUGGUUCACAACCGGCACAAGGAGAUCAUGAACUUCACGGAUGAGAGGAGGUUCCUGCACUCCGCCAAACUCAUACCGAAGUCAGCGGUCUACGUUCCGGUUAGCACGGCACAAACUUAUAUUGAAGCAUCAUAACUAGUUACUUAAAUCUAAAAUAACUUGUAGAUACUUACUACGUAAAGUAAAAAUAGGUGCUUACUUUUAUGAUGUAAACAAAGUUUUAGUAAGAAACUAAUAAGUAAGUAUUUAAACGUGCCAAAUCGAUAAUUUGCUUGCAAUUUUUGUAAAAGAAAAUCAAAGGUACCUAAAACUGGAGAAUCCAAAGAAAAAAUAAGUUCCUACAAUCGAGAUUAGAUAGAUAGAAUAAAAUUGUAUUGAAUAUUUCAAUGAAAAGACUGUUGUUACUGUAUGUUAAGUUAAAUAUAAAAAUAAAGUUACUCUCAAAAUACCUUA